UGGAGGCGAUGAAAGGAGGACUUUGAUGAACCUUCGCCGCUCUGAGGUCGAGUCCAGCGCUUAGCGCUGAGCAGCAGGAAGGAAGCUGCUUAGGGAAUCAAAGGGUUCGAUCAGACCACAAACUGAGCACGGUGGUGGCAGCAUCAUGCUGAGGGAGGUGUGUUCAGUAUUUUUUAAAGCUUUAGCUGUGAAGUUCUCAGUCUCUGGUUUCUAUCCAAGAUAUCAUGGGAACAAUUUUGUUGUACCCUGGAGUUCAUUCUGAAAACAUUAAGCGUGAAUUCAAAUGAAUAAACUCCCACAAAUAUGUAACAUGGCUGCUGGCCAGCAGAUGGCGCCAUUGUUGAUAUGUAAGCAGAACCUUCCUGGUAUUUGCAUGAGAAGUAAAACCAGAGCAAAGUCAUUGUAGAACUAUUGCUGAGUUCCAGUCCAGCCUCUGAAGGCCGGAUCUGUCGGCCGAUUACAUCAUGGCGCAGCGGCGAGGCCUGUUAGGAUGAGAAGACUCCUCGUUAUGCAGCCGACAAAUGCAGGCUUCUUGAUGCCUGUUUUGAAGGACUGCUUUAAAUGGGAGGUCUUUGUGUCUGAUGUGCAGCUAAAAUAAAUCCUGGUUUUAGUUUUAAACCUCAGCCGCUGAUUCAGGCGGAACUUUAAGAAGCAGUUCAGGCAGAAGUUAAAACUCACUUCCUUCCUGCUGCGCCGAACCUCAGCUUGACCUCGAGGUCAAAGAAGAAGAAAUGGAUCUACAGGAUAAAGAAAGCUCGUCUGGAGAGGUGCUGCCCGUGGUGAUCAUCGGUAACGGGCCCUCAGGCAUCUGCCUGUCCUACCUGCUGUCGGGGUACGCCCCCUACCUGUCACCUGAGGGACGCCACCCCAACCCCCUGCUGAGCAGGAAGCUGGCGGAGCGGCCUCACCUGUCUCUCCUGGAGCAGGACCUGGAGUAUCUGUGCGAGGGACUGGAAGGACGCUCGUCCAACCCCGUGGCGGUGCUGUUUGAUUCGUUGCUUCUGCCAGACGGGGACUUCGGACUGGACCACACCUCCCCCCUGGAGUGGCGGUACGAGCCGGAGCGGGCCGUCCCUCACCUGGUUCUGGGAAAGGGCCCCCCCGGCGGGGCGUGGCAUGCCAUGGAGGGCUCCAUGCUCACCCUCAGCCUGGCCAACUGGAUGGAGCUUCCUGGGCUCAAGCUGAAGGACUGGAUGAGAGAGAAACGCAGGAACGUGAGGAACGACCGAGCGACGCCCGCUGAAAUCGCCUCCUACUACCAGCACUACGUGUCCCAGAUGUCCCUGGAGCAGAACUUUGCCUGCGGGACCACAGUUACCACGGUAACCAGAGAGCCCGCUAAGGCGGACGGCUCCGCCCCCUGCUGGAGAGUGUCGGGUCUGCAGCUGAGGGAGGCUGAAGUUCUAGAAGAUGGUUGCUCGGUAACGGAGGAGGUUCCUUUCUCGCUGCUGGCCCACAGCGUGGUGCUGGCCACGGGAACGCACGACGUCCCGGCCCGGCUGGGCGUGGAGGGCGAGGAGCUGCCCUUCGUGGUCCACUCCUUCUGGGAGCUGGAGGCGGCCAUCUCUCGCGGCGAGCUCGACCAGUCCUCGGACCCGCUGCUGGUGGUCGGGGCGGGGCUUACGGCUGCAGACGCCGUGCUCGCCGCUCACCAUCUCAACACGUCGAUGUUCCACGCCUUUAGGCGCUCGGUCAGCGACCCGGGGCUCAUCUUCAACCAGCUGCCCAAACUGCUGUACCCAGAAUAUCACAAGGUCCAUCAGAUGAUGACCCAGCAGCAGCACCGACCCGCCCCUCAGACGCCGGAACCGGCGCAAAGCCUCGGCUCCUUACCCUCCUCUUCCUCACGCCCCCCUUCGUCUUCCUACCCCGGCUACCUGAGCUUCCCGUGCCACCGGGUCGCAGCCUUCCGGCCGGACAGGAAGUGCGUCCUGGAGUCGGACUCUGGCCAUCAGACGGUGGUCCAAGUCUCCAAGGCGCUGGUUCUGAUCGGCGCCCACCCUAACCUCUCCUUCCUCCAGGAUAACGGCCGCUCCCUCGGAAUAAACCCGGAGGAGCCCAUAUCCUGCCGCAGAAACCCCAUAGACGUGGACCCGUUCACCAACCGGGUUCUGGCUGCGGACGGACCCGGGCUGUACGCCAUGGGCCCGCUGGUGGGCGAGAACUUUGUCCGCUUCCUGAAGGGAGGGGCGCUGGCCAUCGCCGGGGAUCUGUCGAAGCGGCGGAGAGGAGCGCCGCUUCUGGACUCGUAGCUAGAACCCAGGAGGUUGAAGGAUAGGGACCUAAUCCGACCUCCGAGUCCGCUGAGCCAGAACCGAAGCGGUUUGGUGCAAUAAGCUUGGCGGGACGCCGUCUGAACCCCAGCAGAAGCUCCGGCGACGUCCUCACGGUGCAUAAGCUGUUUGUUUUUAAACCUCAGAACUUUCUGCUGUUUCAAGGCCGGGUUCGGCGCGACCAGCAGUCCGGAUCGGACCGGUUCUGUGUGAAGCUGCUCUUAUUUAUUCAUUUCUGUCAGUUUGAUCUUUUCUAACUUUUGAAAUCAGAACCUGAAGAAGCAGAAUUUAAUAAAAUCUACAUUUUAAAUACAUUUUCAUAAUAAAUAUUCAUAUAAUCUUUUCUAAAA